AUGUGGGAGCCAGGGAGUAUGGAGAUGGAGCAAAAGGGUUGCACCGAUUCCGGUUCGCCGCUCGGCAACUCGGAGAGCGACUCGCCGCCGUCGAGCGGCGGAGGUUUCGGCGGCGGCGGGGGUGGCGGUGUGGUCCCUGAAAUCAUUAACAUGGCGGUGAACAUAAGCAUGGAGAAAAAUGGCGGAAUGAUGGGCUCGCCGGCGCAGGCUGCAUUCGUGGGGGGCGGCGGGGCAAUCAGCGGCGCUGUGGGCGGUGGGCCCGUCGGCGUUGGUGGUGAGGGCGGUCAGCCGGCGAUGGGGGGAAAGAAGAGGGGAAGGCCGAGGAAGUACGACCCCGACGGCAAUUUAAGGGCUUCGUAUGUGAAAUCGCCGCCGCCGCCGCCGCCGGCGGCGGCGGGAUUCAGCCUUUCGACGCCUCCUUCUUAUGAUUUCUCGUCCGGGCCGAAAAGGGGACGCGGUAAGCCUUCGGGCCCUGGUAACUGGCAGCCACUUGGUUCUUUGGGCGAAUUAUUGUCAAACACGGCCGGAGGAGAUUUUACCCCACAUGUGCUCACAGUAUAUACAGGCGAGGAUGUUGCUGGGAAGAUUCUUACAUUUGCUCAAAAGGGUUCGAGAGGAGUUUGUGUUCUUUCUGCCAAUGGAUCCGUCUCUAAUGUCACAAUUCGCCAGCCUGGUUCAUCUGGUGGUCUUUUGACAUACGAGGGUAGAUUUGAGAUUUUAACUCUCACUGGAUCAUACACAGUUUCAGACAACAAUGGGAUUAAAAGUCGAGCAGGUGGGCUAAGUGUCUCAUUGGCCAGCCCCGAUGGCCGUGUGAUUGGUGGCUGCUUAGCUGGGAUGCUAAUGGCCGCUAGUCCUAUCCAGGUCGUGAUUGGAAGCUUCAUCCCAAAUGGUUCUCAGAUGCCGAACAGAAAGCAACAUAAUGUGGCUAUAACGUCCACUCCUUUCCAGUAUGCUCCGGCUACAGUCACAGCUGCCAUACCAAUAUCACAGGCGGCACCGGAAAGCAAUAUAUACCAAUUCCCAGUACAAAACUCUCAACGAGAAGCUGACGUGGACCACCCAAACUCUGCUUCCACUGACGAUACCAGCGACUGGAAUGAUUCUGGGCCGGGCUCCGAUCAGAGGCCAUCCCCGGACAUUAACAUCUCUAUACCUGCAGACGAGCAAUAA